AUGGGGCACCUGGCGUCCUCCCCACCUGUCAGCCCCACCUGGGCUGCAGGGAUGUCCAGACCCCAGACCUCAGCCUUCGGCCAGUGCAGACCCAGGCUUUGGGGUCUGAUCACCUUCACUUCCCCACCCAGAGCCCCAUCUUUUCAAGCUGUGGGGACCUCACUCUGCCCGCCCCCCAAGUCAGUGUCAAGGCCAGGGUUGGAUCGCUGGGGCCGGGCCCGCACCCGGAGCCUGGGUCCUGAGCCCCAGCGUCAGAGUUCUGGCUCCACUGACCCAGGUCGCAGGUGGGGAUCUCAGCUAGAGCCCCCAGUCCCCGUUACGGCGCAUUUCCUCCCCACAGCCCCACCCACUCCCGUGACUGACAGUCCAGGGGGCGGGGCCCGAGCCACUCACUCAGGGGACUGCUCCGACGGCAUUCCACCUGCUGGGAUAAAACCCGGGGGCGGCUGCAGCAGGCGUGCACACUCCCGCCGCCCGCCCCACGCCUCGGUGGCUUCCAGGAUGCCCCCAGCCCUGGGUGGGAGCGGGUUCAGAAUCCUCACUUCCCUGCUGCUUCUAGCGGCUCCAGCCACCCUGGAUGCUGCCAAGACACCUGCGCCCCCAGCCUGCGGGAAGCCCCAGCGUCUGAGCCGGGUCGUGGGUGGUGAGGACAGCGCCGACGCCGAGUGGCCCUGGGUGGUGAGCAUCCAGAGGAACGGGACCCACCACUGUGCAGGCUCCCUGCUGACCAGCCGCUGGGCGGUCACCGCUGCCCACUGCUUCAAAGGCAACCUGAACAAGCCUUCCCAGUUCUCUGUGCUGCUGGGGGCCUGGCAACUGGGGAACCCUGGCCAGAGGUCCCAGACAGUGGGUGUCGCCUGGGUGCAGCCCCACCCUGUGUACUCCUGGAGAGGGGGCUCCCGUGCAGACAUCGCCCUGGUGCGCCUCGAGCACUCCGUCCAGUUCUCUGAGCGCAUCCUGCCGGUCUGCCUGCCUGAUUCCUCCGUCCACCUGCCUCGGAGCACCGACUGCUGGAUUGCAGGCUGGGGGAGUGUCCGAGAUGGAGUGCCCCUGCCCCAACCGCAGACCCUACAGAAGCUGAAGGUUCCCAUCAUCGACUCGGAACUCUGCGGCCGCCUGUACUGGCAGGGAGCCGGGCAGGGAGUCAUCACCGAGGACAUGCUGUGUGCUGGCUACGUGGAGGGGGAACGAGAUGCCUGUCUGGGCGACUCCGGGGGCCCCCUGAUGUGCCAAGUGGGGGGCACUUGGCUGCUGGCUGGCAUCAUCAGCUGGGGCGACGGCUGUGCAGAGCGCAACCGGCCCGGCGUCUACAUCAGCCUGGCCGCCCACCGCUCCUGGGUGCAGAGGAUCGUGCCAGGGGUGCAGCUCCGCGGGCACUCGCAGGGCAGCGGGCCCACAGCGCGCCCGGGACGGGUUCCGGGGACCGCCCGGCAGCGCCGGCGUUAGGACCCGGAGGCCGGGCGGCCGCGGCGCCGCCGCCGCCGCCACGUGCUUUCCUGGCUGUAAAGAAGACAUCUACCUCUGGGGGCUCAGGCUCCACCCCGGGCCGGGAGCAAGUUCUGUCUGCAUAGGUUAGGAUUUGUAGUUAUUUGUAACCCCGCCCAAAUGUCUUACUUGUUCCUCUAAUUUCAGUAAAUUUAAAAUUCUACAGUUCCUGUUUUUUUCCAGGAAGCAGGGGUCCACUUGAGGUUAAAAUGAGGGCAGGUGGGUGUGAGUUUAGAUGUGGCCUGUCCGGGGACCCAGGUAUCCUGUCUCCUUGACCUCUGGCCUUUGCACUUCCCUUCAGUUCCCCCCUCCCACCAGGAGGCUCAGCGCCUGGGAACCCCGCUCUUUCUGGUGAAAGAUGGGGCGGGGGCUGUAGGGCCCGUCCAGGCUCCCGACCUGCCUGCUGGGUCUCCAAAACUGGGCUGUGGUUGGAGCCUCUUUUCCGUGCAGCUAAAUGUAUUCCUAACGGAUAUACCUGCUUCAAACCCUCAUUUUUAGAAUAGUUCUGGAUUUAGAGAAAACUCAUUUUGUUAUCACGGAAGCAAUAAGCCAGAUUAAAUCAGUACAAUCAGAUCACAUGUGCAUUAUUCAAGUCAUGAAAGCUCGGAUCUCACGCCUGCCCGCCAGAGGGUCGGGCCUCCAGAGGAUCCCCAGGGAGUGUCAGGUGUUGCCAGGGAUGUUUUUUUGUAGAAUGGAACUAGCUCUCGAUCUUGACUGUGGUGGUGAUUCCAUGACUGGAUAUAUUUACCAAAACUCCUGAGACUCUGCACCAAAAACAGUGAAUUUUCCUUUGUGCGAACCGUAGCUAUUACCAGUAACUCACUAGAAACAACAACACGAAAACAUGGAGCCC